AUGGAAGCCACAGCUUCGCAGAAGUUGCCUGGUGUUAACACAGCAGUGUUCACCAGAUCGAAGGCUCUGCAACGCAGCCUCAGACAUUGGGAGAUGCACGUUCCAUCCCAGACCUCCAGAGAAUUGGAUCUACUGGUAUCUGACCCAAAGUCAUUCAGCCUCAACCAACAAACCGGGCUCAGCACAUGGACACCCAUAACACACAAGGCAGCCAAUCAACAGCUCUUUGAAGAGAGAGUGAUCCUUGUGGGUCAUUGGUUUGACCUAUGGACCGACAACAGAAAACAGUUUAUCUACAGUAUUUUAAAGCAUUGCAGCAAAUCACAGCUCAAGUUUGCUCAGGAUUGGUUCACUGAAGCUGUCCCGAUAGACAAGGUGGACUUCACUACUGUAAUCCCCUGCUUCCUGUCUCUCUAUGCCUUCUCGUUCUUGAGUCCCAGACAGCUCUGCUUGGCCUCUCAAGUCAACUGGCACUGGCGAUUCCUGACUGAACAGGACUGUCUAUGGAUGCCCAAGUGCGUGAAGCAUGGCUGGUUUCCACCCUACAGCCCCCCGGACCACGCGUAUGGGGCAUGGAAGCGACACUACAUCGCCUGCAUCCGCAGCCUGGAUUACCUCACGCCAGCUGAGGUGGCCAGGGUGUACGGGGUCACCGCUGAGCCCAACAAGGCAACAUUGGAGCGGCAGGAGAGGCGGAGUGAGAGGUUGCUGAGGAGGCGAACCCAGCAAUGGCUAACACGGCAGUAAAGGGAUUCGCUGAGCUACCGACCUCCGUGGCUGAGCGGAAAGUGGACUACUCGAUGGUACAACACAAGAGCACGUCACAGCCCGACCCUGGAGAGGGCCAGGAGCAGCACAUCACUGUGGCUGAUGGGAGAUCGAACCCAGGCCAGUCUGCCCCUCUCCCAUCUGCUGAGUGAAGAGAGCGUGGCCUCAGCCUCGCGGAGCCUGGCUGCGGACCAGCAGUGCUGGCUGGGAUCAGCGGUAACACUGCAGGGGAAGAGCCUCAGUGGUGGUGGUCCCUGCCCUAUGUCCCACAGCACGGCUGCCAUGCCAGAGAAUGGUACCUCUAACCACCCCCGAGUGGUUCUCAUUUCGUCCAGGAUCCCGGCGUGGGAGGUGGCCCUGGACCGUGUGAGAGUCGAGGUGAUACCCGUUGUGUAUGACCAUUGUGGAACGACGCUGGAGAGCCUCCUGUUUCGAGUGGAGCAGGAUCUGAGAGGCCGGAGAGUGAGGAGCAUUGGGAUACUCACCGAGGAAGACUCGACCGAGCUGGACUUGGUCCAAGGCUGCAGGGUCAGUUCAAAGAAUCCGGGCUGCAUCCUGCCACAAGAAGAAGGAGAAGACAUCCACAUCUUUGUGCGGUUGGCUGCAGCAGAGGCAGGAAUGGAACUCCUGUCCCAGUUGUCUGCACUGACUGCUGUGUGCUGCAACAUGCUUACAGGCAUGGUGACUGGAUCCUGCCAACAUCUUUUCAGCGAGUGGCUGUGGGCAGCUGGGGUCCCCUCUCCCCCAGCCAGGGACUUCAAUGAGAAGAAGCUGCUGACGUGGACCAGGAUGGCAGAAGUGAGCGAGGAACUCCAUGGGCACAUCCGCAAGGCGAUGGAACCACACUGCAGACAUCUGCAGAGGCACCUCUACGGGAGGCUGAUUGGAUUUACGAGUACGUCAGUGACCUGACCCUCUUCCUUUUCAAUGAUGCCCUUCUUUUUGCCUCAAGAAGAGUUUCCCAUCUGCCCUUCAAACGGAAUCCAAAGGCAUCGCUCAGGUUCUCGGCAUCCGUGGCUCUCUC